AUGGGGGUUGAUGUGUACAAAGGCGCUGUUACACUUGGUUUUAUCCUGCCUAUUUACCAAGACAUGGUCGUCGCUCUUGAUGGUGAUGGAGGUUUCAAGUUGAUAACUAGGGAUAAUAUACGCCUCUUCAAACCAGUUUCGGUCCAGGCCCUGUGGGCUGCGCAUCAAGCGAUAAUGCUGGGCUGCAAGGUGGCUCAACAAAAUGACUAUCAUUCCAAGGGUCCUAGUCACGCAUGGGUCUCGUACUAUACACGAUUGCCCUCUUCUAAGCAAUUUAUGAUGUUCGAGUGGAACAAAAUGGAAGACAUUGAGGACAUGGGCAGAGCCACUCCACCCACUGCUGAACUUGGUACGCCGGUCUCCGAAGACGAGCAAAGAAUCAUGGGCUCGGUUGAUCUGGAGGAUGUCAAUGUUGUUCAGCUUCGGGAGAUGCUGGAGAAACAGAUGGGCAUGUCACUGAAGGACCAGCGUCAAUUCAUCGCCGACCAGGUGUUGAUAAUCUACGGUCAGAUGGACGUGCCCUCCUUCAUCUUCGACCACCUUCUUCUGGGCAGCUCCUUCAACGCCUCCAAUGGGGAUGAGCUACGGCGCAACAACGUCACCCACAUUGUCAACGUAACUCGAGAAGUGGACAAUUUCUUUCCCGCUGACCAGUUUGUUUACAAGAAUAUUCGCGUCUACGAUGACGAGAAAGCUCAGCUCCUGCCCUACUGGGACGAAACCUUCAAAUUCAUCAACGAGGCCAGGGCGAAUGGAACACGUUGCCUUGUUCACUGCAAAAUGGGUAUUAGUCGGUCUGGUUCAACGGUUGUGGCCUAUGCGAUGAAGGAGAAGGGCUGGAAGUUGAACGACGCAUUGGAGUUUGUUAAAAGCAAACGCCCUUGCGUGAAUCCAAACGCAAAUUUUCUACGACAGUUGGAAACUUACCAAGGCAUCUUGGAAGCCAGUGCCCACCGUCACAGUGCUCUCUUUCAACAAAAGGACAAGCCGACCGAGGCGACGGGAGCGGUUCGGCCACGUGUGGAGAGUCCGGGAGUGACGACAACAUUAGUAAGGGAGGGAGAAGAGGAAUAUGAUACCUUCGAACCACCUCCUGGACCAUCCGGUCCGGUUGAUUUGGAGGCCGAGCUCUUUGCCUUCAAAUCUUUCCCUCAGUUUUCUCGAAUUCAGGAGGAGCUGAUCAAUGUCCCUCAAAAACCUUCCGAGUUGGAAGGCAGCCCAAGCGGUAUACGACGCCGAGUGUUGGUCACGACCUCUCAGCGCAUCCGGCAUUGGCACCCCGAUGUAUACGAGGACGUGGGCAGCGGGGGGGUCGUGAUCUCCCGCUCCAAGUCCUCACCCACCCGCCUCUUCCAGCGGCGCCAACCGCCUACCACCACGGCACCUUACCUUACCGUUCCUCUUACCUCCCCCCCAAGGUCGCCGCUGAACCCCACUAUUACCGUUCCCAGCAUUCCUGUCCCCCCGCCUGAUGGUGAAGCCGGCGAUGGCGGUGUUGCGGAAAACAUGGGCGGUGUCUCGGUGUCCUCUCUCUCCUCUCCAUCUUCUGAGGCCGCCACAUCUUCCGUCAGCGAGCAUGACAUUCUAUUAACCCCUUCUUUCUCCAGCCCACAAAUCUCCAAUGGUGAUUUGACAAAGGAUUCGCUACCAAAGGUACCCUCCGUUACUAUCACCAUCGUCCCAUCGAACAGCGGCUUUUCGGAGCCUCCAGAGCUUCCUCUAUCGUCCUCUGUGUCAGCGGUGCACCCGCCGACGGAGUUUUUGCGAACCUCACCCCCUGGACGACUCACUCUCUCUCUGUUUACCAUGGCACCAGAUGAGGAACAGCCUCAUAGACCGGUGCGAACCCUUUCUCUCCGACUCAGACCCGACGAUAGUUGGAUUGUCAAGCGUCAGGCCAGUGAGGAGGGCGACGAAGUGUCGAAGACAAUUCCGAAAGGACGAUCCUUCUCUGAGAUAACCCCCGCCACUACCAGUUCUCUAACCCCUCUGGAGGAAGAGGUUGUGGUGGUAGAGGAACUUGAGCAGGCGCCGCCUUAUCUUCAGCAGGAGUUCAAAAUCAUACGGGACCUUGAUCAAAAAGUUCAAGAAAUCAUGAACGAAGCGCAGACGAAAACAAAUGAGCUUUUGCUUAUUGCGAAAGAUUUACCCAGAGACGAACGUGUCAGGCGCCUCAAUGAAAUACAAAACCUGUUUCAGACAGCCGAAGAAAUAUGCAACGAUAAAGUUUCUAGGGCUGAAAGUAUAUAUGAGCUUGUGGAUAGGCAGAUUCAGCGUCUUGACGCUGAUAUGGUCGAAUUUAAAAAGGCUUCGGUCCUAAAAGAAAUGAAAAAGCCCCGGAAGAAAACCCCCUUUAGCGUUCCUUCGAGAAUGCCUGCGUCUGCAGCUCUUGCUCUAGCCUUGACGAAUAACCCCAGUGACGUACUCGACAUGCCAAUCGAUCCAAAUGAACCUACCUACUGCAUUUGCCAACAGGUGUCCUACGGUGAAAUGGUUGCCUGCGACAAUCGGGACUGUCCCAUUGAAUGGUUCCAUUUCGGCUGUAAGCCCCGUUCAAAGCCAGCGGUGAACGCGCCAUUCAAGUCACCACUACGGUCGCGAAAUGAAAACCAGGGCCGCUCCACUAUGCCACCAUCGCUAGGAGAAUCUAAACAGCCCGAACACUCCACUCUCUUGAAGGGGGAGCGGAGUCACUUCCUGCGGUGCAGUGAGAUGAUUUCACCGGAGCGCAAAGGCCCAAGCUUCAAGACGGCUGCGAAUGAAGAGGAAAAGGAGCACGAGUUGGAUGAGGCCAUCGAAGCGCUGCAGAGGAGAAUAUGCGAGAUGCGAGGCCUCGAGGUCUUCACCGUGGAGGACGUAGAGAACGAACUGAAGAUGUGGCGUGAGCUUCUACACGAGUACAACGACGCCAAAGACGCUUGCCUCUACAUCCUUGGCCAACUUGCCCAUCUCAAAAUGACAACCGUCAAGGAUUUGUAUGCCGAAUACAAUUUAGAUAUGGGUAUUUGA